AAUUUCUCUCACACUGCUUGCAGCCCUAGGGCCGGCAAUAAUCCCAUCUCCACUAUCUCAACCUCUACUGAGGACUGGGGACCUACCGGAGUAGAUGACUCAGCUGAGAGCAGGAACUAGGGGUGAAAGAGAGAUUCUCACCCACCUUGUUGUAUAAAUGGCUCCAGAAGUCCACAAUGGUGGCUGAACUGGGCAGUUCUCUGGCCAGGGGGUGGGAGAGGUGAGAGGUCUAAGGCAUGGGAGGCAGGAUGCUCUAAGCAGGGGGUGGGGUGGAAGUUCUGGGGGGCAGCGGAGGCAGCAUUCACACCCCUUCCCCAAUCUCUGCUCUCCCUGUGCAGGCCUGGAGCACACACUCCUGAGAGGCAGCAGAGAUCAGGGACUCCAGGUCCCUGAGAUCCCAGUCAGCACAGAAGGCUCAUGGAGCCUGGGGCACGUGGGGCUCUCCUCUCAAGGGCUAGCAGGUUCCCUCUGGACCUGUAGUGCACCACCCCCGUCUAGCCACCAUGGCGCAUGGCUUCCCAGUGGGCUUCGACCCAGUGGGCCUCAGAGACCUAAGCUCUGGCUCUCUGAGCUCCCUCUCCUCCCGAGGCCACCUGGGCAGCGAGUCAGGCUCUGCAACCCGAUACCUGCUGAGAAAGCAACGGCGGCUGCUGAAUGGGCCCCUCCGUGGAAUCCGAGCCUCAUCGCCCAUGGGCCGUGUCAUCCUCAUCAACUCCCCCAUCGAAGCCAACAGCGAUGAAAGUGACAUCAUCCAUGCAGUUCGAGUGGAGAAGAGUCCAGCUGGGAGGCUGGGGUUCAGUGUGCGGGGCGGCUCUGAGCACGGCCUGGGCAUCUUCGUCAGCAAAGUGGAGAAGGGGAGCAGUGCAGAGCGGGCUGGUCUGUGCGUGGGUGAUAAGAUCACCGAGGUGAAUGGGCUGAGCCUGGAGAGCACCACGAUGGGCAGUGCCGUGAAGGUGCUGACGGGCAGCAGCCGCCUGCACAUGAUGGUGAGGCGCAUGGGCCGCGUACCAGGCAUCAAGUUCUCCAAGGAGAAGACCACAUGGGUGGACGUGGUCAAUCGGCGGCUGGUGGUGGAAAAGUGCAGCUCAACGCCCUCUGACAGUGGCUCAGAGGACGGCGCACGGCGCAUCGUCCAUCUCUACACAACCUCUGACGACUUCUGCCUGGGCUUCAACAUCCGCGGGGGCAAGGAGUUUGGCCUGGGCAUCUAUGUGUCCAAAGUGGACCAUGGUGGACUGGCCGAGGAGAACGGCAUCAAGGUGGGGGACCAGGUCCUGGCGGCCAAUGGUGUCAGGUUCGACGACAUCAGCCACAGCCAAGCCGUGGAGGUGCUGAAGGGCCAAACACACAUCAUGUUGACCAUCAAGGAGACUGGCCGGUACCCUGCCUACAAGGAGAUGGUUUCUGAAUACUGUUGGCUGGAUCGAUUGAGCAACGGGGUGCUGCAGCAGCUGUCCCCCGCCUCGGAGAGCAGCUCCAGCGCCUCCUCGUUCGCCUCCAGUGCCCCCUACAGCUCGGCCGAUGGCUGGAGCUCCCUGCCCUCGGACCACAUGGAUGUCUGCCUGGGGUCUGAGGAGCCGGGCAGCUGGGGGCCAGGCCGGGGGCGGGCAGACACGGCCAUGCAGACGGAGCCAGACGCGGGGGGCCACGUGGAGACCUGGUGUAGCGUGCGGCCCACAGUCAUCCUCAGGGACACGGCCAUCCGCUCCGACGGCCCCCCGCCUGCCCCCCGCCUUGACUCUGCGCUCUCUGAGUCCCCCAAAACUGCUCUGCUCCUGGCCCUCAGCCAACCCCGGCCCCCCAUCACCCGCUCCCAGAGCCACCUGACCUUGUGGGAAAACCUGUCCCACACCCUGCCCUGGGCCCCAAAGCUUCCUCUGCGCCAGACUUUGCCCCAGCGCCAGCUGCAGAAUACACUCAGACCCUGCUCUGGGCUCCCUUUCAAACUAGCCCUGGACCCCAAACCUACCCUCAGCCCCAGCCCCAGCUUGUCAUCCCUGGGCCCCAAACCAGCCCUAACCCAGCCCCUCCAUCCUGGAGUUCCCAGCCCUGUCUACAGACAGACAGACACACGCACACACUCCUCACAUAGCUGUAGCUGUGGGUGGGGGAGGGGUAGAAAGCUGAAAGAGGAACCCCAGCCCCGUGCUCAUCCCCACCUCCCCACAUGGCUGCAGAUCCCGUCUGCCCCCUACUCUCCCUUUUCUCUGCCCCUCCCCACACCCCUGCCCCUCCCCACACCCCUGCCCCUCGUCCUUCCCUUCUGCCCACCCCUCCAGCCCCCCGGGUGCUCCCUCGUGUCUGCAGAGGAGAAGAAACAGCGGAGGAAGGAGAAGUCGGGGUCCCCUGGGGAGAAGGGGGCCCUGCAGCGCUCCAAGACCCUGAUGAACCUCUUCUUCAAGGGAGGGCGGCAGGGGCGGCUGGCAGGGGACGGGCGCAGAGAGGCCUGGACGCUGGACAGUGGGAGCACAGCCAAGUCCCGCCCCCACCCGGACCUGGAGAAAGCAGGGGGAGUGGGAUCCGUGCAGAAGUUUGUCACCUGGAGGCUGAGACGUGACCGGGAGAGGGGCCGGACUCUGCUCUCUGCCAGGUCCAGGAGCCCCUCCAGCCAGCUGCCCAAUGUGGAUGAGAGGGUGCAGGCCUGGGAGAGCCGAAGGCCCCUGAUUCAGGACCUGGCCCGGAGGCUGCUGACUGACGACGAGGUGCUGGCUGUCACCCGCCACUGUUCCCGGUACGUGCAUGAGGGCGGCGUGGAGGACCUGGUGAGGCCCCUGCUGGCCAUUCUGGACAGGCCUGCGAAGCUGCUGCUGCUGAGGGACAUCAGGGGUGUGGUGGCCCCCACAGACCUGGGUCGCUUCGACAGCAUGGUGAUGCCUGUGGAGCUGGAGGCUUUUGAGGCCCUCAAGAGCCAGGCAGUUUGGCCUCCUGCCUUGCGACCAGCCCGGCAGGACACACCGCCCAAGCGUCACCUCAUCACUCCUGUGCCUGGUCAGUCAGAGUCCCAGAGCCCGGGGAGGGGGCACACCCUAGGGGGGCUGGGGGAGGGAGAGUGAACCUUCCAUCCUUGUCCCCAUGUGGGCUGUCGCGGCUCCAGAGGUAUGUGUGUUUCCCUGAAGGAAAUCCCUCGUCUGCCAGAACCAUUUUCAUCAU